AUGGAGAAAUAUCAACCUUCAUCCGAGAAGGACAAAUUUGAAAAACUCCUGAUUGCAACCACCAUGAUCAUUGGAUUCCGCACACUCUUUCGUCCCUCAGACAUUGCUUCUAUUAAAUGGUGUGACAUUACCUGGGACAAACCAAAGAAGGGUUGGAUUCAAAUAAUUAAUUCAGGUCACAAAACCGACAAGAUGAAUCUCGAUAAAGAUCCCAUCAUAAUCGAACCAGCCCCAAACCAAAAGUACUGCCCAGUGAAAUUAAUCACAUCAUACAGAGACCAAGUCCACCACUUCAAAGAAAGAAAUAGUCCUUUCCUCUCCUUUACCGACAAUCGAUUCCUAACAUCCAACCACAAAUGCGAAUUCAUGAAGAAAGUGAGAAAAAUCCUUAACAAUAAGGAAAAUAUUCUAGGGCACUCCCUUAGAAUUGGAGCAGCUUCCAAACUCACCGAAGAAGGAGAAUCGUUGGAUGUGAUCAUGCAUGCAGGUAAAUGGAAAUCAAACGCCUGUAAUGCAUACACUAGGAAUAUUGCUUUAGCAAAUAGAGGACUUUCGAACACACUUUUCAAUAAGGAAGACAACCUCUGA